AAUGUUUUUGUUGAUAAUUGUACUGUGAUGCAUGUAAAUUUUUGGUUGAGCAUUUCUUACCAGAAUUGUUAUCAAUAAAAUAUGGUAUUGUUCAAAAUACAUCAUCUCAUACCGGUUUCUAUCAAUGACAUUUUGAGUCUCAUGUCCUAAUUAAUAUGGGUCUCAUUUGCUAAUAUUGAUGGGAAACUUAAUAUCGGAAAAUAAUAGAAAUUGUAUUGAAAUCACUCUAACAAACAGACGACGAAUCCCAAUUUACAAUUUUAAAUGUAUUUGAAUAAGAAGUUUGGAAAUGACAAUGGUAUGGAGCUUGGUUUGCUUUUUUUUGUUUGCCCAACAAGCUAUGGUUCUUGCUAGGUGAUCAAAUAUAAACUAACGAAUUAGAAAAUAAAUUCAGAGAAGGACCAACUCCUCUGCUCAGUUCCAGAGCCCAAGCCCAAAGUAAGUGAAGCCUUUACUUUAGCCUUACAGGGAAAAAAAAAGUCUUUCAUUUCUUGCUAUUCCAAACAAGCCUCCACUGCCUCCUCCAAUUUUUCACUGCCUACGCCAUUUUUCAUAUACUAAUUUUCAAUCCAAUUUAAUAAUCUAUUUGCUUUCAAUUUCAAUAAAGUACUCAUUUCCUUUUUAACUUUUCUCGUGUUGUUUCUUUUAUUAAUUUUUAUGCACCCCUCAUUUACAAACUAAUUCAAUCUAUUUGCUUUGAUUUUCCAUGAACCAUUAUGUACCUAUAUUUUUAAGAUCUAAAAUAAAAGUUUGUGUAUUAAUGAAGAAUUAUUUGGUAAACUAUCUUAAAUAUUAGGUAACAAAAAGGCCCCCACUGUGGGUUCACUUUUAAGUCUCAAUAGCCGUUUGGUCAACCUUGCACCACCUGUUAACCCAUUGGAAUUGGAAAUUUUUGUUUUCUUUUUUUUGACAAGUUAUUAUUGUUGGUCACUAACAAUUCAUUGAUUAAAUACAUGUAAAAUGUGAUCAAUCAUAUUAGAGUAAUAGAAAAAUUCAAUUCAAACAAUAAAAAUACUCAAUAUACAAGUAGAAUAGAAAAUUAUGAUAUAGUAAAAAAUAUCUUAGGUACAUAUUCUCUGAUAAAUAACUUAUUUGCUCACUAUUAUAAAAAGAUCAAAUGAAUAACAAAGGCGUUCAUUAAACAAAGAGUGAAGACAAAAACCACAAAAAUCAUUACUUUAAGAUUUGAGACACAUUCUUCCACUUCAAAGUACACCCAAUAGAUCAUUAAAAAUCAAUGUUUGAGAAAUAUAAUUUAUGAUUACGACUCUGAUUCAAAAAUAUAUCUUAAGUCUACAACCGUGCAAACCUUAACAAGUUAUAUAGAUUUUUAUAUCGUUUUGAGAGUUUUUCAACACCGCAAAAAACCCCUCCAUUAGAUACUCAUACCAAAUUGGAUUUUAGCUUUAUAUAUAUGUUCAAAUUUAUUUAUUAAUUUAGAAGUUUUUUGGGCUGUUAAAUUUUUAUUUUUGAUGAAUAGGUGUUAAUUUUUAAUAUAAUGCGAUUACAUGCAAAAAUAAAAAAUGCAGAAUAGGAUAUAAUAAUAAUAAGGUUAAUACAUAAUGAAUUUGUGUGACUAUUUCAAAAGUUGUAAUAAUAAUAAUAAUGAAUAAGUAAUGGCGAGGUGUAUAUUUAGUGUGUGAGUGGGAUUAUUAGUGAAUGAAUGAAUUUAAGAAAUAAAAAAGAAAAGAAGAAACCGCCAAUUGAAGUUUUUGUAACCGCUAGUGGGGUGUACAUAAGUGGAAUGGCAGAAUAGGGGGAAAAGUUUUGGUUGGUUAAGAGAGAGAGAGAGAUGCGAUGAGAGAGUCCGAUAGUGGUGAUGAAUACAAAGCAGAAGAAGAAGAAGAACAACAACAACAACAUCCAUCUUCUUCUUCCCAUUCUGGAAAGAAGAGGAAGGCGAAAACUGAUCAUCCCGAAGGAAGUAACAACAUUGCUCGUUCGUGUACUGAGUGCGGUAAGAAGUUUUGGUCAUGGAAGGCUCUUUUCGGUCACAUGCGUUGCCAUCCUGAGCGUCAAUGGAGAGGCAUUAAUCCUCCUCCCAAUCUGAAACGAAAAAAACUUCAACAACAGACGAAUAUGACUCCGGAGGAUCACGAAGUUGCGGCGUGUUUGCUCUUACUUGCAAAUUCAAAGCCAAACAAUAACAACAAUAAAGGGAAGUUUAAAGCAUUAAUGGUGGAUGAUUCUUCUUGUUCAUUAUUAUCAAUGGAGAGUAGUCAGUUCGUGUGUUCAUGUUGCAACAAAGUAUUUGGAUCUCAUCAAGCACUUGGAGGACACAGGGCUAGUCACAAGAAUGUCAAGGGAUGCUUCGCCAAUACAACCGCUUCCACAACAACAACAAAACUGAUGACGUGGACACAAUCAGAUCAUCAUGAUCAUGAUGAACACCAUGAUGACGGUUAUGGUGACGUGGAAGGAGAAGGAGCGGUUAUUAAUAAUAAUAAUAAUAAUAAUAAUAAUAAUAAUAAUAAUAAUGAAAUUAGUGGAGGAGGAGGAGGAGGAGGACACAAGUGUAGCAUAUGCUUGAGGGUAUUUACGACUGGACAAGCACUUGGUGGUCACAAGAGGUGUCAUUGGGAAAGAGGGGAAACCACCGCACCCUUCGACUCUUCUACUGAUGCACCAUCCAACAAUUCUCGUAUUAAUCUCGACUUGAAUUUCCCUCUUCCUCCUCCUCCUCCCCCUCCCGAUCAUGAUCAUGAUCAUCAUUGUUCAUCUUCUUCCUCUUCUCCUCCCACUCUUGAUUUGAGGUUGGGACUUUAAUUUUUUUUUAUUAUUAUUAUUAUUUACAAUUAUUGAUUGCUCACUUUACUUACUUCCAUCUUCACUCAAUACUAACGAUUUCAUUUCACAACGCUUCUGUAAUGCCAACGCUAUUCAUUCAUCAAUUAUAAUUCGACUCACUUUUCAUCUAUAUCUUAUAUAUAUGUUUAUUCAUUUGCUUUAAUUUG